GCAAUGUUAGAAUAGAGACCUUUCGAUCUUUUUGGUACGCCCCCACAGUGGCGUCCGUCUGGUGAACUCACUCGCUCCACCUACUACCAAACACGGACAGCGCACUCAAAAACCUCUCCAGUCUCGCCAAACAAAGAAGCUCGAUAUUUCCUACCAAAAAAGUUUCAACAGCACAAAAAUGGCGUCCACAUCUCAUCUUCUCCGCAUCUCUCCUCUUUCAAAUUACCACCACAACAUUCACACCAACCCCCGCCUCCCCACCCCUCCGCCUUCCCUAUCCUUCCCCUUCUCCUCACUCGAUUCACGAUCCCCAAACCCUAGGCUCGAGCUCGCCUUCGCCGGCGGCAAUGGCAGCAGCGGGAUCGGACGCACCGGCGGCGGAGGAGGAGGAGGGCGUGGAGAUAGCGGAGGCUGGAGUGGCGGCGAUGGAGAAGACGAAUCGUCGUCUCGUUCGUCUUCGUCGGCGAUCGAGGUUUUGGGGCCUCUAGGGAUUUUCCUCAACGGGUGGAGGUCUAGAGUCGCCGCCGAUCCCCAAUUUCCGUUUAAGGUUCUAAUGGAGGAGCUCGUCGGCGUCUCCGCCUGUGUUCUCGGCGACAUGGCCUCUCGCCCUAAUUUCGGCCUAAACGAGCUCGACUUCGUCUUCUCAACCCUAGUCGUCGGCUCGAUCCUCAAUUUCGUCCUCAUGUACCUCCUCGCUCCUACGAUAUCCUCAUCGCCGUCGAAUCUCCCCGCCAUUUUCGCCAAUUGCCCUAAGAGCCACAUGUUCGAGGCAGGAUCCUUCACGCUAGGGCAACGAUUGGGGACUCUUCUCUACAAAGGGACAGUCUUCGCCGCUGUCGGAUUGGCCGCGGGUUUCGUCGGGACGGCGAUCUCGAACGGCCUGAUCGCGGUUAGGAAGAAGAUGGAUCCCGAAUUCGAGACGCCAAACAAGCCGCCGCCGACGCUGCUGAACGCCGUGACGUGGGCGAUUCACAUGGGGGUGAGCAGCAAUUUGAGGUACCAGACGCUGAACGGGAUCGAGUUCGUGCUCGCCAAGGGGCUCUCGCCAUUGGCGUUCAAGUCGUCGGUGGUGGUGCUGAGGUGUCUGAACAACGUCCUGGGCGGGAUGUCGUUCGUUGUUUUGGCGCGGUUGACGGGCUCGCAGAGCGUCAAGGGAGCAAAGAAAACGACGGCGGCUGUGGCUGCGGCGGAGAAGGAGAAGUUGGUGGAGGAGAGUAAGGAGGCACUUCAGAGCAGCAUUCAGUCGACUUACAAGUGAAAAAUCUUGUGGUGAUUGGCCUUUCUUGGUUUUUACUAAUAACCCUGUUUUUUGUUCAUACCGCUGGCUUUUGAUGUUGUUGAGAUGAUAUGGUUUUGUAGUAAUAAGAAUAUUGAAAGAAACGUAGCCCUUCUAUAAUAGA